AUGGCAAAUGAGAGUGUUUUCCCUCAGAAAAUGAAACUUCUUCUGGCCUUAGUUGCUCUACAGUGUUGCUAUUCAGGGUUUCACAUUGUUUCUAGGGUGGCACUAAACAUUGGUGUUAGCAAAGUUGUUUACCCAGUUUAUAGGAACAUCAUUGCAUUGCUUUUAUUGGGUCCUUUCGCUUAUUUCUUUGAGAAGAAGGAAAGGCCACCACUUACUUUCUCAGUGCUGGUUCAACUCUUCUUUCUAGCAUUAUUGGGAAUCACAGCAAACCAAGGGUUUUAUCUCUUGGGAUUGUAUUAUGCUUCUCCAACUUUUGCUUCAGCAAUGCAAAAUUCAGUUCCUGCAAUUACUUUUGUCAUGGCUUCUGCUCUAGGACUUGAGAAAGUUAGCAUUUCAAGGAGAGAUGGACUAGCCAAAGUUGUAGGAACCAUUGCAAGUAUAGGGGGUGCAUCUGUCAUUACUCUUUACAAAGGCCCUCCUCUACUGCAUCAGAUAACGCAACAAGAACAAGGAACUACAUUGGAAGAAGACAUGUCUUCAAAGGAAAUGCAGAACUGGACAUGGGGAUGCAUAUUCCUGUUUGGGCACUGCUUAUCAUGGGCAGGCUGGAUGGUCUUUCAGGCUCCUGUGUUGAAGAAGUAUCCAGCAAAGCUCUCCGUCACUUCUUUUACAUGUUUUUUCGGAUUGAUCCAGUUCUUGGUCAUUGCAGCAUUUGUAGAAACUGACUUCAGCCAUUGGAAAAUCCGAUCAGGAGAAGAGCUAUUCACAAUCCUAUACGCUGGAAUUGUGUCCUCUGCUAUAGUCAUUUCCCUUCAAACAUGGUGCAUUCACAAAGGUGGUCCUGUUUUUGUUGCUAUCUUCCAACCAAUGCAGACAAUCUUGGUUGCUAUUAUGGCUUCUUUAUUUCUUGGUGAUCAGUUGUACUCUGGAGGGAUUAUUGGUGCAAUCCUUAUCAUGCUUGGUCUCUAUUCUGUUUUGUGGGGAAAAAGUGAGGAGAAAAGAGUGGAAAUUCAAAACAAUGAAGACACCCUGACGAGGAACCUUCUUGAAGACAAAAAUAAAGACAAUGAAGAGGAACGUUGUUGUGUCUGA